AUGACACUUGUUUUGCAUUACAUGAAUAAUAGAGGUUGUAUUGUUGAACGCUUUUUAGAUAUUGUUCAUGUCUCUGACACUACUGCAUUGUCACUCAAAGAGGCAAUUGAGUCUAUCUUCUCUAAGCAUGGAUUAAGAUUAUCAAGAUUACGUGGACAAGGUUAUGAUGGAGCUAGCAACAUGCGGGGUGAAUUUAAUGGUUUGAAAAGUUUGAUUUUGAAGGAAAAUGAGUUUGCCUUCUAUAUUCAUUGCUUUGCACAUCAACUUCAAUUAACUCUUAUAGCAGUUGCAAAAAAUGAAGAUUCCGUUGCUUCACUUUUUCAGAAUGUUGGUUGUUUACUUAAUGUUGUUGGAGCUUCAUAUAAGAGGUAUGAUAUUCUUACAGAAAGUCAAGCUUCUAGAGUUGCCGAGGCUCUAAAAAAUGAUGAGCUUGCAAGUGGAAAAGGCUUAAACCAAGAAAUUAGUCUUAAACGUGCUAGUGAUACUAGAUGGGGUUCACAUUAUGGAACAUUACUAAACUUAAUUAUUUUGUUCCCUUCUGUGAUUGAUGUACUUGAAAAUGUUGGUGAGAAUGGUUUGAAUUCAGAGCAAAGGGUAGAAGAACAAUUCUUAUUGCAAAUACUUCAAUCUUUUGACUUCAUUUUCAACUUACCUUUGAUGAGAAAUGUGCUAGGCAUUACAAAUGAAUUGUCAAAGUCUUUAGAAAGAAAGGAUCAAGACAUAGUUAAUGCUAUGGAUAGACAACUUCAAGAGCUCAACAACCGUUUCACCGAGAUUAAUACGAAGUUACUUCUUUGUGCAGCAUGUCUCAACCUAAGUGACUCUUUUUCUGCUUUUAAUAAAGAGAAAUUGAUUCGCUUAGCUCACUUUUAUCCGCUUGGGUUUUCAGCUGUGGAUGUUAUGGGGCUUGACAGUCAACUUGAAACUUAUAUUAUUGAUAUGUGCUCUAAUCCUGAAUUUUCGGGAAUUAAAGAGAUUGGUCAACUUACUGAGAAGUUGGUGGAGACAAAGAAGAAUAUUGUUUAUCCACUUGUGUUUCUAUUGGCUAAACUGGCUUCAAUAUUACUUGUUGCAACUACAAGUGUAGAAAGGACAUUUUCGACAAUGAAAAUUGUGAAAAAUCUGCUAAGGAACCCUAUGGGAGAUAAUUUGAUGAAUGAUUAUUUGGUUACAUAUAUUGAAAGAGAUAUAUUCAACAACAUUGAUAAUGAAACAAUCAUCCAAUGGUUUCAAAAUAUGAAAUCUCGUCGUGGACAACUAUGA